AUGAGUGGAUGUCGAGGAAGGUCGCCGACACGCGCCCGAGGCAACCGGGCAAUUCUUGCUCCAGGUCCUGAUCCCAUUCCGGAGCCUGCACCUGUACCUAACCCUACACCACCCCCAGCAUCGCCUACUCUUACAGAUUCAGUGGCAGAGUUGCGCCAAGAGGUUAGUGAGUUGAGGGGCACGAUGGCUUCCAUGUUGAGGCAUUUCGAGGAAUUCAUUGCCCAUCAGGGCAGGCCAGGACAGGCGCCACCGGUAGUAGGGAAUGAGCCAGUCUUACAAGAAAAUGUUAGUGGUCAGACGUCGAACCCAGUGCAGCAGGAGGUUGAGCCUCAGGGUAUGGAUGGUAAUGCUGGCAGUCAGUUGGUGAGGAACUUCAUGGCACUCAGGCCAUCAGAAUUCAGAGGGGGAAACGACGUUUUGGUUGCAGAAGAGUGGCUGAUGGCAAUAGAGAAACAUCUGCGGACCAUAGGAUGCACUGAUGCACAGAAGGUACAGCUGGCCACAUACCUAUUUCGGGGAGCAGCUGAGAGGUGGUGGGAGACGGCCAGACUGCGAUUCAGGAACAGGGAGCCAUCUUGGGCUGAAUUUAGGGAGCUCUUCAACGCCAAUUAUUUUCCCGCCUGGGUUCGUAGCCAGAAGACAUACGAGUUCAUCGAGUUGACCCAGGGCAACAUGUCAGUGGCUCAGUAUGAGAAGGAGUUCACCUCCCUAGCACGCUUUGCCCCCGAGUUAGUAAACACUGAUGAGAAGAAAGCGACCAAGUUCUUGAGAGGGUUGCGAGUGGAGAUUCGAUUUCAGCUGGCAGGUGCGCAGUUCACUGACUAUUCUACACUGGUACAUCGGGCAUACAUCAUUGAGAGGGAGAGGAGCGAGCUGAGAGGAGCCCUGACAGCUACUAGGGGGUCAGGCUCAGCCCAGGGACAAGGCAAUGACAGGAAGAGGAAGGGUGCACCAGGGCCUUCGAGAGGCACGCCAGACAUCCCCCCAUGCAAGACAUCUGGAAAGAGGCAUCGUGACCCAUGCCGCUAUGACAGAGGGGUGACAUGUUACACUUGUGGUCAGGCGGGGUACGUACAGAGGGACUGCCCUCAGGGGUCAGGUAGAGCAGGCAGCCAGGAGGUGACAUGUUUUAAAUGUGGGCGCAAGGGCCAUAAGGCCAACGUUUGUUCAGUGCCACCCCAGCGAGGAGGCCAAAGGCCGGGGUAUCAGAGUGAUAGAUCUGGGCAGAGGCAGUCAGUUCCUAGACUUCAGGGGAUGGCACCAUCAUUGGCACUACCACCAGGACAGAGCACCGCAGAUGCUGAUAGACCCCACAUCCAGGGGCGAGUGUUCGCCUUGACUACAGCUGAAGCAGAGCAAGGGAAAGACACAGUGCAAGGUAUCUUAUCCUUAUAUGAUAUUGAUGUUUGUGUUUUAUUUGAUACGGGAUCCACACACUCUUUUGUUGCACCUCGGGUGGUAUGUCAUAUUCCAAUUUCCAGUACAUUGUUACCAUAUUAUUUGAUUGUGACUACUCCGGGAGAUACGAAAAUGGUGGGUAGUGAGGUGUAUAGGGAUUGUAAAAUCAUGGUGCACGAUAAGGAGUUUCCGGGGAAUUUUGUGGUGCUAGACAUAAAAGAUUUUGAUCUUAUUUUGGGCAUGGACUGGCUAUCCCAACACUAUGCUAAGGUUGAUUGUCGGCACAAGGUAAUUCAUUUUGAGUUGCCUCAUCAACCAAUUGUUGUGUAUAGAGGCAUUAAACCAAUGAGCUCCACACCCUUGAUUUCGGUGAUGAAGGCGGAGAAAUUAAUGCGACAUGGUUGCGAGGCAUAUUUGGCUUUAGUGACGACUGGUAAGGAGGACAAGGUGGAAUUUCCAGAUAUUCCGGUGGUCUGUGAAUUUCCCGAUGUAUUUCCUGAAGAGUUGCCAGGAUUGCCGCCAUCGAGGGAGGUUGAGUUCUCUAUUGACUUAGUACCAGGUACGCAGCCAGUUUCUAGGGCUCCUUACAGGAUGGCUCCAAAUGAAUUGAAAGAGCUAAAGGUGCAGUUGGAGGAAUUGAUUGAGAAGGGAUUCAUCCGCCCGAGUGCCUCAUCUUGGGGUGCUCCAGUUUUAUUCGUGAGGAAGAAGGAUGGAUCCAUGAGAUUAUGCAUUGACUACCGGCAGUUGAAUCAAGUGACGUUGAAGAACAAGUAUCCCCUCCCCCGUGUUGAUGACUUGUUAGACCAGUUACGUGGAGCAUCCGUCUUUUCGAAGAUUGACUUGAGGUCUAGAUACCAUCAGGUGAGGGUCAGAGAAGAAGAUGUAAAGAAGACUGAUUUUCGCACUAGGUACGGCCAUUACGAGUUUGUGGUCAUGCCAUUUGGGUUGACUAAUGCCCCGGCAGUCUUCAUGGAUUUGAUGAACAGGGUGUUUAGAGAGUAUUUGGAUAGCUUUGUUAUAGUGUUCAUUGAUGACAUACUCAUCUACUCGCCGAGUUUGGAGGACCAUGAGACCCACCUUAGGCUGGCAUUGCAGAGGCUGAGGGAGAGGCAGUUGUAUGCCAAGUUUAGUAAGUGUGAUUUUUGGCAGCGACAGGUUGGCUUCUUGGGACACGUAGUAUCUGGUGAGGGUAUUUCAGUAGACCCUGAAAAAGUGAAGGCAGUGAUUGAGUGGCCAUAA